UAGAGCUCAUGGAUUACCACUUUCUAGAGAUAUUGUUUUUGUCGAUUCCAGUGGUUCGUGUGACCAAGGUGGCUCAUGUGUUACAUUUUUCUUUGGGGUUACAAAGGUUGGUGGUAUACCAAUAGCGGUAUUGAUUCAUAAAUUCACUACUAAAGAUGAUUAUGCUAGUGCUUUCAAAUUUUUAAGAAAAUCAUUGGGAAAUUUUGCUUUUUAUGGACAAAUGGAGCCAUCGAUUUUUAUGACAGAUGAUAGUAAAUCAGAACGCCAAGCCCUUAAUGAAAUUUUUCCAAAUUCUACUCUAUUUUUAUGUACAUUUCAUGUUCUACAAGCAUUAUGGCGUUGGUUAUGCGAAAGUAAACAUGGUGUUAGUAAAUUUGAAAGGCAAUUAUACAUGCAAAGAUUUCGAAAAGUUAUGUAUUCACCCAAUGAAAUCGAAGCUAAAGUAUUUAUGGAUGAACUAUGCAACGAUAAAUCAACUCUUUUUCAAAACAUAUGA